AUGUCUCCCACCACCGGCAUUGCCGCUUCACAGCUGAAGCAGCUGAUAUACUACCACUUGGACAAUGAGAUGCUCGACAAUGCGAACUUUCUUGCCGGACGACUGCAUGCUCUCGAGCCCAGAAACCCCGACACUUCACACUUGCUCGCCCUUACAUACUUCCGCUCCCAGCGCUUCAAGGCUGCCUACGACUUCAGUCUGAAGUAUGGCGCAAAUGGUCGACAUCUGGGAUGCGCAUAUAUUUUUGCGCAGUCCUGUCUUCAACUAGGCCGGCACAUGGAGGGCGUGACUGCUUUGGAGAAGGCCAAGCAUGCUUGGCUGAACAAGAACGACUGGAACAAGCACUCGGAGACAUCUCGUCGGCAUCUUCCAGAUGCUUCCGCUGUUCUGGCGCUAUUGGCGAGAUUAUUUCGCGCGCAUGGAGAUUUGCGAAAAGCAGGGGAUUGCUAUAUUGAGUCGCACAAGUGCAAUCCUUUCAUCUGGGAUUCUUUUGAGGGGCUCUGCAAAAUCGGCGCAGAUCUGAAGCUUGAGAAUAUGUUCAAACCCACACAUGGCAUGCCAGGUACUGUCGAGAGCUCGAGCGCGAGCGACGUCUACGUGGAUGAAGAUUCGAGACACCCACCAGUGGCACAUUCAUCUCUUGCGAGAGAUAAUUUGUCUGCCAUGGACGACCCCUUCACUUCCUCACGAGGAGACUCUGAAGAGUGGCAGAAUCGGAGCGAUGUUUUCAUGGAUCCACCAGCGGCACCCUCGCGAAGACCGCGGGCAGGACAGCAGUUCGAGACGUCGGACCGUUCGCGGUUCCCGCCUUUGAGAGGCCAGACAGGUUCUGUCGAGCCAGCAGAAGAUCUAUCGCAAGCACCUCCUCGAAAGCCAAGCGUCGGUGGGCAGAAGCGUACGAUUUCAGGGGCAGCUCCUCAGACCGCCGCCGAUUCGCUGUCACAGCCUCGCAGAAGUAAUCGCCUUUUCACGCAAGAGACCUCCUCACGGACGACUCGCUCAGCCGUGAGUUCGACAGCUGCCUCAGCCGCUGCCCGUGCUGAUAGGACGGCACGUACGGCAAAACCGGCGACAGGCACCAAAGGUCGGACUGGAAUCGUCGGACGCGUGCUGCCACCACCGACUGGACCAUCAGAAGCUGAACUUCUAGCCGAGAAGCAAGCCAUGUCCUCGCUUCUCGACAAUUUCCGACAGCUGGCGCUAGGAGCAAAUGCGGCAUCCAGAUUUGAUUUGCAGGAUGCCAUUACGCAUUUCAGAACAUUGCCAACAGCACAGCGCGAGACGCCAUGGGUUCUUGCUCAAUUAGGCAAGGUGUACUAUGAGCAGGCUGAGUAUCGGCAAGCCGAAGAUUGCUUUGACCGCCUGAUCAAGAUGCAGCCUUCGCGAAUUGAGGACAUGGAGAUCUACUCGACGGUGCUGUGGCAUCUGAAGAAGGAGUCUACUCUGGCUUUCUUGUGUCGCAUUCUCCGCGACAACCAUUUCGACGCACCGCAAACAUGGGUGGCGGUAGGAAAUGCAUUCUCUCUGUCGCGCGAACACGAUCAAGCUAUUUCUGCUUUCAAACGUGCAACUCAGCUGGACGACAAGUUUGCAUACGCCUGGACCCUGAUGGGCCAUGAAUAUAUUGCAAACGAAGCCUUCGACGCCGCGCUUUCCUGCUUUAGACAAGCCGUGGCAGCCGAUCGCAGGUUGUACAACGGCUGGUUCGGGCUUGGCAAAUGCUUUCAGCAGAUGGGCAAGUUGGAAGAGGCUGAGCGGCACUAUCGCAUCGCGGCGUCCAUCAACCCUUCGAAUCCGACACUGCUCGUGUGCAUUGGAGUCGUUCUGGAGCGGUUGCGGAAUAAGAAGGGUGCACUCGCCAAUUACACCAAGGCAUUGGAGCUUGCACCCGGCCAGGCAUUGGCGCGAUUCAAGAAGGCGCGUGUGUUGAUGCAUAUGAAGUACUAUGACGAGGCGUUGGACGAGUUACAGACUCUCCGAGAUCAGGCACCAGAUGAGGCAAAUGUGUGGUUCUUACUUGGCAAGUGCCACAAGGGCCUCCAGGAUCGUGCUGCGGCACUGAGGGCAUUCACAACUGCCCUCAAUCUAGACGCCAAGGCAGCACCUUUCAUCAAGGAAGCCAUGGAAGCACUGGACGAAGAUGACGAGGACAGUGACGACGAUUAG